AUGACCUUAAUUCCUCUACUCAACAUCUUCUCUUAUUCCUUCAAUAUCUGCAAUGUCGAUUGUGCAUUGAUCGAUAGCAUCUACAAGCCCGCCUUAGACUAUGUAUUUUAUAUUUCUCGAGUCGGCAACGACCCUCAUGCGGUGAAAGCCGACCUACAUGGCCUUGCCUUGGUCUCCAUCUCGGUGAUGGCCAUUUAUAUUCAGGACACCCUCGAUAAAAUCUACAACCUUCUCCAACAAUUGAAAGAUCCGCUCUCACAAACUCGGCUUAAGCUCUGCCAAAGGGAUUACAAUGAGGCCUUGAGUGAUUUUCGGAGCUCCUUCACCACUGCUUCGAGAGAUUCUUUUUUCAAAGCCGCAGACUUGGUUAGAAUCGGAACCAACAAGGUUAUACGUUGCCACAAUGUUGGAGAAAAGUUAAAGAUAUGGGCUGCAUUUUUUAGCAAAAUAAGGCCAUCGAAAUUCUAG